AUGACAUUGUUGUCAUCCUUGUUCUCCACUUCCUUUUCUCUCCUUACUCUCCCAAUAUUUCUCUCUAUCUACCUCGUUUUGUGCUUUUUUCUCUCCCUUAUUUUGUUAAUUUUUCUCAGUCUUAUCUUCACUUUCCCUUUUUCUUUGCUCUUCUUCUCUCCCACCAUUAUCCGCGAAUCCUUCCUCUCCGCGUCCUUUUACUUUUCUCAAGCGGACUUAUCGAUUUCGCUCUAUUUUACCCCCCUCUCUCUUGAUUUAACUUUCAUGCUUUCACUUUCAACUCCACCCUCUCUUUCUUUCUUACUCCUCUCUUUCUAUCUUACUCCUCUCUUUAUUACCUGUUUUCUCUUUCUAUUAUUUGCAUUUUACAAAUUUAUCUCCAAUCUUUCUAAAUAUCGUUUCAAUCUUUUCUUUCUUUCUUUCUUUCUUUCUUUCUUUCUUUCUUUCUUUCUUUCUUUCUGUUCCCAUUUUAUUUUUCUUUCGUUCUUUCUUUAUCUUUCGUUCUUUUUUCUUUCUUUCUUUCAUUUUAUUGUUUUUUCUGUUCUUUCUUUUUCUUCUUUUCUUUGCUCUUUUGUUUCUUUCUUUCUCGUCUUUUCAUUUUUUUUCUUUCUUUUUCUUUUUCACGAUUUCUUCUUUUUUCACACUUUCUUUCUUUUUCUUUCUUUCGUUCGUUACAGUUUCGUUUUUUUGUUCCUAUUGUUUUCCCUCUUUCUUUCCUUCUUUCUUUCUUUCUUUCUUUUCUUCUUUACUGUUUCUUUUUUCUGUUUCUAUUUUCUUUUUCUUUCGUUCUUUCCUUCCUUCUUUCUUUCUUUUUUUUCUAUUUUCUCUUCCGUUUUUCAUUUUUUCCUUCGUUUUCCAGUUUCUUUUUUACGUCUUUUCUCUUUCUUUCUUUUUCUCUUCUUUUCAUUUCUCUUUUCUUUUUUUGCACUGAUUUUAUUCUUUUUCACUCUUUCUUUCUUUCUUUCUUUCUUUCUUUCUUACUUUCUUCUUUUCAUUUCUCUUUUCUUUUUUUGCACUGAUUUUAUUCUUUUUCACUCUUUCUUUCUUUCUUUCUUUCUGUAA